AACACCACUGGAUAAUGCAAAAUCAGGUUUUCGCUGUAGCCUUGUGCCUUAAUCUGAAAUCAUCAAGGUGCUUUUGGAUUCAAGUGACAAAGAAACUGAACUUGAUUGGAAAGAAGACACUAGAAAAGGGAUUCGUUGGUCUCCUAAAGCUUCAACUUUCAAGGAGUUUACCCAUUUAUUGGGGUAAAUAUGUUGCUGAACCUAAGAUCAUCAUGAUAUCAUGGCAGCCCUAGUGCUAGAGCUGGAAUUUUUAUUUCUUUCAACAAGCUUAUUGGUUGUAACAACAUGCGCUCUUCAGAUCAAUCACACGGGGGAGGUGGUGUAUCGUGACAACAGCGUCUAUGGGGUGGUGGACAAAUCUGCGGUUCUGGAAUGUGGAGAAGCAUUGCCCGACUUAUACAUAUGGAGCUUCACUAAGCCUGGUGCUGAAGCCAUCAAAGCAGUGCUAUAUGAUUUGGGGAAAGGACCUAGGAUGCAGAAGUUGGCUAAGAUGGUAGGGCCACUGACUAUCCUACCAAACACAGCCUCUAUAAGCAUUGAAAAACUUCCUCUGGCUGCUCAAGGCUUGUUCACCUGCCAGGCUUUCUAUGACAUCGAAGAUGAGCCUAUAGUUUACUACUAUUAUGUACAUCUGACUGUCCAAGUUCCAGUCAGCAAGCCAUAUCCUGUCAUAAGUGAAGCAUCUCCAGCGGAAGGAUCUACAAUAUGGAUGAACUGCAGUGUGGAAAAUGGCUCUGAACCGAUCCAGUACACGUGGCAACAUAAAACUCUUGAAGGAAACAUCUCCAACUUCUCACAGAGCAACCACAGCAGCGUGGCUAUGACCAGCGUCAGUCGGAACCACACAGGCUGGUACCACUGUGGGGUCAGCAAUGCAGUGAACAAUGAGACCUCUGACUGGCUAUUAUUAAAUGUCACAUUUGGUCCAGAUGAACCUCAGAUAGAUGUAACUCCAUACCACAUAAUCACGCAUGGAUACUCCACUCUGGAGAAUGAGACUGUUUCCAUGUACUGUCAGGCCCAAUCCAAUCCAGGCAGUCAGUACAUCUGGUUUUACAACAACUCCCAAAUUAACACCAAACCAGAGUUCACUAUCAACAAAAUCCUCAGAACCCAUGCUGGAAACUACACCUGCCUGGCCAAGAACCCACAUCUCCACAGUCAGUCCAACAAAACUCUCAGCCUGACUGUCUACUACCCUCCUGAUGGUGCCCCCAUGUGCUCUGUGGAACCUGCUCUGAAUCACACUGCUCUCAGGCUCCUCUGCUCCUGGUUGGGAGGAUUUCCCACCCCAUCCCUCCACUGGACCAUAGAGCCAAUACAGACAGGACAAAAAAAGUUCAACUCAGGGCAACAAUCACAUCUACUAACUAGCAAUGUCAUCAUGCUCUCGUCUGAGAGUCUAAAUCUCAACAGCAGCUUGUUUACAUGCAUGGGCUCCCAUCCUGCUCUACAACAACCUAAAGAGUGCAGUAAACAUUUAUAUAUCCCCCCUGCAGAGCCAGUCUGUUUCACCAAUGUGACAGCUGAUAGGCAGUAUCUGAUGUUGUCCUGUUCCUGGAAUGGAGGGGUACCUGAAGCUCUGGUGUGGUGGGAUGGUCCGAUGGACCAAAACAAGGAAAGACAAGAGAACUCCAAUGUCCUUGUUCUCCACUAUGGGACCGCACACAGUGGGAAACCCUAUACCUGCUACUCAAAACACCCACUUCUGGCUGCAGCAAAGACCUGCAGCAUAACACUGGUUUCCAUCAGCAAGCCAUCCCUCCUGAUGAGUGAUACAUCUCCAAAGGAAGGAUCUACAGUCUGGAUGCGCUGCAACCUAGAAAGUGGAACGGAGCCAAUAUAUUAUGUGUGGCAGCAUCAGCUCUAUAAUGGAACCUUUAAGACAUUUUCACAGGGUGGAGGCAGUUUCAUUAAUAUCUCAGACAUUGUCCGUAACCAGACUGGCUGGUACCGCUGUGCUGCAAGCAACGCUGUGAACAGUGAGAGCUCAGAAAAAAUAUGGCUCAACGUCACAUUUGGUCCAGAUGUUCCUCAGAUAGAUAUGGUUCCAUCCACUAUUGUAGAGGGAUAUGCAGCACUGGAGAAUGAGACGGUUUCAUUGACGUGUCAAGCCCGGUCCAAUCCAGCCAGUCAGUACAUCUGGUCCUACAAUGACUCUGAAGUUUUCUCCGGACCCCAACUCACCAUCAUAAAGAUCCUCCGUGUGCACACUGGUGACUACACUUGUACAAGUCUAAACUCCUACCUAAACAUGCAGUCCCGGAAAACUGUUACCCUGACUGUUUACUAUCCACCCAAUGGCUCCCCCUACUGUUCUGUGGAGCCAGCACUGAAUCACACCUCACUGAGGCUGCUCUGCUCCUGGCCUGGUGGAUUCCCCUCCCCAUCCCUCUACUGGACCGGAGACCUGAUCCCCACAGGACAACAACAGGUCAACAAAGAACAGCAAACAAAACCAAUGAGUUCAAAUAUCUUGCUGCCCUCCGGAGGUUUGACUCCUAACAGCAGCUUGUUCACCUGUCAUGGCGCUCAUCCUGCUUUAAAGCACCAGAUGGAGUGCAGCAUACACACAUAUACUCCGCCUGGAGAUCCUGUUUGUUUCGCCAAUGUGUCGGAUGACAAACAGUUUCUGAUCCUGUCCUGCUCCUGGGAGGGAGGGGUUCCGAAAGCCUUGCUGUGGUGGAAGGGUGCAGGUGGUCAGGGCAAAGAUGGAGAAGAGAGCUCCAAUAUCCUGAUUAUUCGUUACAGCACCUUCCAUUUUGGGAAGCCCUACAUAUGCUUUGCUCAACACCCUCUUCUGGUCCAAACCAAAACCUGUGGACUAACACUGGUCCCUGUUAGUAAACCGUCCAUCCUGAUAAAAAACAGAUCCCCAGUGGAAGGAUCUACUGUAGCGAUGCAGUGCAAUGUGGAAAAUGGGACUGAGCCUAUCAUGUAUGUGUGGCAACGUGAAAUUCAAAGAGAAAACAUAACAUUUGCUCAGAUCAGCAACAGCAGCAGUAUCACUAUGACCAGCAUAAACCGGAGCCAAAGCGGCCGGUACCGCUGUGUAGGCAGCAACUUCAUCAGCACUGAGAGUUCAGCCUGGGUUUCUUUGGAUAUUAUCUUUGGCCCAGAUGUCCCUCAGAUAGAUGUGACUCCAUACCAGAUAACCGAUCGAGGAUACUCAGCUCUGGAAACUGAGUCGGUAUCUUUGUCAUGUCAAGCCCAGUCCAAUCCAGCCAGCCAGUACAUCUGGUUCUACAACAACUCUCAGGUGUACACCGGGCCAAAGUACACCAUUACUAAGAUCCUCCGUAUCCACACUGGCGACUACACCUGCUUGGCACAAAACUCCCACUUAAAUACCCGCUCCAGGAAAACUGUCAGCCUUAUAGUCCACUACCCUCCAGAUGGCUCUCCCUCUUGCUCUGUGGAAUCAGCUCAGAAUCACACUUCUCUCCGGCUAUUCUGCUCCUGGUCUGGUGGAUUUCCCUCCCCAUCCCUCCGCUGGACUGGAGACAUCAUAAAACCAGGACAAGAACAAGUAGAAACUGAGCAGCGAGGUAAUAUGCAAACCAGCUCUGCCAUUUUGCUGACCUCUGAAGGCCUGAUACCAAACAACAGCUUGUUCACAUGCCUUGGUGCACAUCCUACAAGAAAACAACUGGCAGAAUGCAGCACACAAACAUAUCUCCCCCCUGCAGAACCAGUGUGUUUUGCGUAUGUUACAAACAAUCAGCAAUAUCUCAUGCUGUCCUGCUCCUGGGAUGGAGGGGCCCCAAAAGCCUUAGUGUGGUGGGAGGGACCAGGGGGACAAAGCAAAGGAGGACAAGAAAACUCCAACAUCCUAGUCCUCCGUUAUGGGACCGCCCGAAGUGGGAAACCGUAUACCUGUUAUGCUAAACAUCCACUUCUGAUGGAAGCAAAGAGCUGCAGGCUCACAUUGGAGGCCCCUGUGUUGCUGACGCAGCGCAGAGUCGUGUCUGUAUACGAGGGGAGUGACGUACAGCUCACCUGCAAUCUAAGAGCCAAUUACCUUCCAACCAAUGAUAUCACCUGGUUCAACAAUCAGGGCAUAGAUGUCAGAGACACCUCAAAGUACAUGCUGCUGCGAACAACCGCCUGGGCCAACCUGACAGUGAGAGACGCAGAUGAGAUGCAGGACAGCGGAGAGUAUAGAUGCUCCACUUCAAACGCAGUGGGAGGCGCUGAAAUCAAUGUAACUCUGGUGGUCAAGAAAUACCCUAUGCCACCUAAUGCAACCCUGAUCAGAGCGACGUACAACAGCCGACAUCGUAACGAGGUGGAGCUGGAGUGGCAGGUAGAUGGUGUGGAGGAGAAAGGAGGUUGGACUGGUUUCCAUCUGGAGCACCAGUGGGUGUCUGAGCGACCAAACAGAAGAGGAAGCAGCAACGAAUCCCAGCUGAGAAUGGAAGAGAGGAUUGGUCCCCAAGACUGGCAGCGCACCAUCAUCCAGGAACCAGAUGCCAGGAGUCACACAGUAAGAGGACUGACUCCAACUGUUACCUACCAGUUCCGCAUAAUACCCAUCAACCAUCGCACGAUUGGACACCCCUCUGUAGCCAAGACUCCAGCUGAAUUGCGUGACAACAUGUACCCUGCUGUGGUUGGAGCAGCCGUUGGCGGGAUGCUGUUUGCAGCCAUUCCCACUGUGCUGUUACUUGUGUACAUCAUACGCAACAGUAACAGCAAUCCUCGGCUUCAUGCAAUGCUGUUUGGCUCGCAGCACAGCCAGUCAAGGGAAAACAUUAACUUCCCAGAAGACGAGGUGGCUGCUAGCUCAGACGGUGGACCAGAGAGCAUCGUUGGAUCAUUGAGUCAAGGUAAAACUAUCGCAGAACCACAAGUGUCAUCUUCUGUCACAGCUUCAUCCUCAUCAAACAAACAAGGAUCUCCCACUGCAGAUGAAAUGAGCCAAGAAUUGCCAUCUUCUGCAGGGCUGCAAGAUUGUAAUCCUACAUGAAUCUAACCGAUUUAGAGAUAUUGGAACCCAAUAUUAAUUUUACAGGCUGUAGAAAGAGUGUGUGAUUACAUCAAGAUAUUGCAUUACUGUGUGAGCAAUUUAAAGUAAGAAUUGAUUUGUUUAGGUAGUAAAAACAGUUUAAUUUUGUAGCCAACUAUUCUGGAAUUACAGAAAAGGGUGCAAAAAAACUAAACCAGAAAUAUGAAAUGUAUAUCAGAUGUGUUAAAAAUAAAAUGAAAU